CAGGAGCCAAGAGGGGCGUCGAGGGGCUUGAGCACGCCUUGUUGCGUUGUUUCAAUCCUCUGUUGCUUGUGUGGAGGACAUUUUGUCGAAUUUAUCACGUCAUGUAGGUUGUGAAUGAUCAUUGCUCGUGGGAGGAAGCUGAAGCAGUCAUGGAUUACUCCCUGGCUGCUGUGAAAAUGUUCAUUUCGCAUCUAAAACCUGCAAAACCUGCCACUGAGUUGACGCAGAACGGUGGAACGGCGUUUGCGAUAGGGUCGCUUGUCUUCCAACGCGCUUGGCUACAGGGAGUAUUAGUGCAGGGGGCGGAUAAAGGAAGCUUUUUCUUGCAGGAUGGAACAGGCUCAAUACCUCUUCAAAUGGGGGCUGAGUCAUGGAAACCUGGGAUGUACGUGCUGGUUGUGGGGGCUUACCUGAUCGGAGCUGAUGGAUCUCCAUUCGUCUUGGUGCAUAAGAUCGUGGAUUUAUCAUCAAGUCCUGGUAGAGAUAAAUUCUGGCGGUUGGAAGUGGCUGAGGUACACAACCUCUUCUACAACAAGCUGAUAAAUGCUUCCACGCACUGAUCAUCAUCCGAUCCAGAGAACUGACCCUUGUCAACACCCUCUACAUAUGUUCCAUUUGCUUUAAGGAAGUGGGUUGUCUCUGCACAAACUAAUCAGGUUGUGUUCAUUAAGUUGAUUUCAAAGUAUCUCUAGGAGAUAGCUUCUGGAAGGCGCACCAAUUUUGAAUUACUUCAAGGGAAUUGAUUAACUUUUGAGGAUCUGUCGAGCUAAACUUAGUGGAAGGUGUGUGAGCAAAUGAAGACAAUGAUUCGGAUGCCCUUUAUUUUUUUGGUGUUGGUGUCCGGCUGAAUUCCAACGACACAACGUAAUUCUGCGCGCGGGUGUGGUGGCCUGAGACUCGCAACUACGCAAAAACUUAGGAAGUGAACAACUCUAAAAGAUCAUGCAUGUUUGGAGCUUGAUUUCACUCUCUGUUGAAUGUAAAAUAUUGAAAUUAGAAAUGGCUUUCAUGUCUCAUCUGUAUCAAGCCAUGUGUACAAAGCGACUCGGGCAUAAAGCAUCGGAGUUGAAGUGUACAAUAGAAGGAAUAAAUUACAAAGAAUAUUUAAACCCA